ACAAUUUUUCAAAAUUCGUUAGGUUAUGUUUGAAAUUUUUACAUUAAAAAUACAGAAAAGGGAUCAACUCUCAAUAAAAAUCACUGCUACUGAAGUCUUCAUUGCAUCUAAAAUAAUUAAUAAAAACUGAUUUCGAUUUUAAAUUAGACAUAGGAACUUUUAAUUAAGAUAAAAAUAAUACAAACAUAACCUUAAAAUCAUUAGCUUCUUAGGUUCUUCAAUCAAAUUUCAAAUGUUUUGUGCAAAAAAAUAUUAUUUAAAUAUGUAUUUUUCUAUAGCUUUUAUUGUUUAAUAAAUUGUAAUUUCUGAAGAGGACAGCCAUGCUGCCGAAAUGUCAAAAAAACAACUUUUGUUUUAUUAUUUCCAUUUUGACUCGCAGUGAUCGUUAAACUCAAAAUUUUAUUUAUAAUUAAGAUUACCGAGAAUUUUUUGAAAUUCAAGGGUACUUUUUGGCUUCUCUCCUUUAUUUUUGUAAAUAAAUAAAUUAAUUAAAAAAAAAUAACUAAAAAUUCACAGAUAUUGCUUGAAAGAUAUAGAGUUUGAAAAAGUCUGGUAAAAAGUGUGUUUUAUCGUUAAGCCAAGUAAGCACGUCUUUUACCUUCAAUAUGACGUUUAUCUGAGAGAAUUAAAGAUAAUUUUAAUAUUUUUUUAAUAAUACGCUUCACGAUAAAGUGAAAAACUAUUAAAAUUAUCUAGGAACUAAAGGUUGUUUUAACUUAUUUCCAUCUAGAAGAGUCAAUGAAACUAAAUGUCAACUAAAUGAAAAUGACUGUAAGACGUGCUAAAUUUUUAAAAAUCGUUUUUGUAUCUUGUAUAGUUACUUUUUUUAUUGUAAAUUAUUUUAAUUUAAUUAUAAGAAACAUUAGUCAAACUUUGCCGAUUAAUGAAGAUUUUUAUAAUAAAGAAUUAUCAAAAAGUAAUUUGGAAAUAAAAUGGACUUUCACAGAAAAAGAGAUUGAAGAAAUGUCUGGAUUAGGUAAAUGGCUAAUUUCGUCUGAAAUAAAUCCACCCUCAAUUAAAAAUGUAAAAACUACACCUUAUAUGAUUUUAAUAUGGAAAUUUGGACCAUUCUUAGAAAACCGACACAUUAAACGAUUUACAUCAAAAAAAUAUUCACCAUGGGAAAAUUGUUCCGUUAAAUGUACAUUGACAUACAAUUCAAAUGAUUUGGAAAAAGCUGAUGCUGUGAUAUUUCAUAUAUAUCAAACUAAAAAUUCUAAAGAAUUACCAAUUAGAAACAAUUACAAUCAAAGAUGGAUUUUCCUAACUGAUGAAGCGCCAGGGCACACAUUUGUUCAUCGACCACAAAAUCUAUCAUCCUAUAAUAAUUUUUUUAAUUGGACAAUGACUUAUCGUAUGGACAGUGACAUUCCAGUACCAUAUGGAAGAACAGUAAAAUUAUCAUCGCCAUUUAAUGAAUCAUUAUUUAUAAAUGAGAAAUUGAAGAAAAAAGAGAAACUCGUCGCAGUUAUGAUCAGUGAUUGUUAUAAUAGUAAACAUCGAAUCGAUUACAUUAAAAAAUUAAAAGAAAUACUUGGCAGCAAUUUAGAUAUUAUUGGUAAAUGUUUAAAUGGCAAUAAAACUGUAUGUCCCGGUAAUUAUAAAAAUGAUUGUGAAAAAUUAGAAAAUUAUAAAUUUUAUUUGUCCUUUGAAAAUUCACAUUGUCGACAAUAUUUCACUGAGAAAUUAUUUUGGAAUGCUUAUGAAAAAUUUGCAAUACCAGUAAUUAUGGGACCAACAUAUUAUGAUAGUAAACAAUUAUUACCGCCAAAUUCAUUUUUACAUGUUGAUAAAUUUUCUGGUCCAUUAUCACUGGCUAAUUAUUUAAAACAGUUGAAUACUAGUAAUAAUUAUAUUCAAUAUCACAAAUGGCGAAAGAAUUACAAAGUUCUUAAUGAACAUGGUUAUUUUGGAAGUUCUUCAAUACAUUAUUGUCGAGCUUGUCAGGCACUUCAUUAUAAUUCAAUAAAUAAAAAAGUUUACGAUAAUUUAGAAAACUUUUGGAAUAAGUCAAAAGAUUGUAUUAUUUACUGACAGAAAAAAUAGUAAAAUUUUAUUAAAAAUUAUUCCAAACAUUUUUCUUUAAAGAUAAAUUCAAAAUUUUCUAAUAAAUCUAAAAUUAAUAUUAUAUGUAAAUAAAAUGUUAC